AAAAAAAAAAAGGAAGAAAAGAAAAGAAAGAAUGUGACAGAGAGUACUCGAGGAUGAUUGAAUUCCAGUUACUCUUUCAACCUCAGAAUUCUUCCAUACCAAACGGAGCCUAAAUCUUUUAUUUCUUUUUGUGAUGAUUCUGAAACUGUUUUUCAUCUCCUUUAUCCUUAAGGGAGCGGCUAUCUUGAUCUCGUUCAAACUGCAAUUUCUCUUCUCUGCUUCAAGAUUUUAGCUAUACAUGUAACUUGUAUGGCCGUUUGACCCACCGUACUCAAGGAAUUAAGCUUUUGCUGCCCCGGCUAAACGAUGAGCAUUGAAGCGGUUGGUAUUUUGCAGUUCAAGCUUUAAAGGGCUAGAAGCAAUUGCGUUCAUUGAAAUUAGAGCAGAAUGUAUUGCAAUUUUUUGGAGCAUGCAGCAGAGUAUGUGAAGCAGGCGGUUCAUGAGGAUGAUGCUGGAAACUAUAAGAAGGCAUUUACUCUUUAUAUGAAUGCAUUGGAAUACCUAAAGACCCAUUUGAAGUAUGAGAAGAAUCCCAACAUCAAGGAAAUAAUAACCGAAAAAUUUGUUCAGUACUUGAGGAGGGCAGAGGAAAUACGUGCCAUUCUUGACAAAAGAGAAAAUGGGCCCAACUUGUCUGGCGGCGCAACUCAAUCUAAUGUUGUGAGGCCAAAUACAAAGCCAAAGAGUGGAGAAGCUGGAGAUAAGGAUGAUCCGGAGAAAGCAAAGCUGAAGGCUGGUCUUGAUUCUGUAAUAAUCAAAGAGAAACCAAAUGUCAAGUGGAGUGAUGUUGCUGGGCUUGAGAGCGCCAAACAGGCAUUACAAGAGGCUGUGAUAUUGCCUGUUAAGUUCCCUCAAUUUUUCACGGGGAAGAGACAACCAUGGAGAGCAUUUCUAUUGUAUGGUCCCCCAGGAACAGGGAAGUCAUAUUUAGCAAAGGCUGUAGCUACAGAGGCAGACUCAACAUUCUUCAGUGUCUCAUCAUCAGAUCUAGUUUCUAAAUGGAUGGGCGAAAGUGAAAAGCUGGUUUCCAGUCUUUUCCAAAUGGCUCGUGAAAGUGCUCCUUCAAUUAUUUUUAUUGAUGAAAUAGAUUCUUUAUGUGGCCAACGAGGUGAAGGCAAUGAAAGUGAAGCAUCUAGACGCAUCAAAACUGAACUUCUUGUACAAAUGCAGGGUGUGGGUAAAGAAGAUCAGAAAGUUCUCAUUCUUGCAGCCACCAAUACUCCUUAUGCUCUGGAUCAGGCCAUCCGACGACGUUUUGACAAGCGAAUAUACAUACCUCUCCCAGACAUGAAGGCCAGGCAGCAUAUGUUCAAGGUGCAUCUUGGAGAUACCCCACAUAACUUGACUGAAAAAGAUUUUGAGGAAUUGGCUCUGAAAACAGAUGGAUUUUCUGGUUCAGACAUUUCUGUUUGUGUUAAGGAUGUACUUUUUGAACCAGUUCGUAAAACCAGGGAUUCCAAAUUCUUUAGGAAAACCUCAAAGGGAAUGUGGAUCCCUUGUGAGCCUACUGAAAAAGGAGCUGUUAACAUUAACCUGCAAGAACUUGAUGCACAAGGACUUGCUUCAAAGAUUGUGCCACCACCGAUAACAAGAGAAGAUUUUGAUAAAGUAUUAAGAAGGCAGAAACCAACAGUAAGUAAAGCUGAUCUCGAGGUGCAUGAGAGAUUUACCCAGGAGUUUGGAGAGGAGGGUUGACUGCUAUUAUCAAAUGAAAUAAGCAGUCACUUCUGGACAAUUUAUGUACCCAUUAUAAAAUAGACAAGCCUUGAUAAAUAGAAUAAAUAGCUUAUAGGGUUUGAAGCCUGAAACUACGUUAGAUAGUUGAGGGAGCUCUGCCACUCUCAUGGUCUUUCUUAGUCGAAGUCACAUUGGCUUCCAAAUACCGUGUGGUUUAAUACCAUGACUCAGUAAAUUGUUAUCACCAUAUGGUUAGGAAGUUCUAGUAACACCCUCUGCCUUGUAAAUAAUAUUUAUUAAAAAUGAAAAAGAAAAGAUGAUGAUAUCUGUAGAUUUUAUUGUAUUAAUAUACCUUCGAUUGAUCUUUUGGUUGGUUAAA